AUGGCAACCUUGAGUUUCGCCUUGGUCAACAACACCGGAUCGAAUAAUUCCUUUGCCUACGUCACAGGCUUGGCACUUGACCAAAACAAUGCGCUCUUCCUUUUGCGAUCCGAUGGCAGGACGGGAUAUUUCCCUUCCAGGCCAUCUGGCAUCUUGAGCAACCUCGAGGCAGACUGUGGAAUCUACUUGGGUGCACCUGGAAGUACCACCUACAUCACCAUCCCGCACCUCGCGGGUGCUCGGCUGUGGUUUGUGCGAGACAACAGACUGACCUUUUAUCUCAACCCCACUCCCACGGGCGCUGCACUGGUCGAGCCUUCGGUAUCCAAUCCCUCGGACCCCAAUUACAACCUGAAUUGGGCCUUUUGUGAGUUCACAUGGAACAACGCUCAGCUUUAUGCCAACCUGAGCUAUGUCGACUUUGUCUCGUUGCCUAUCGCCAUGACCUUGACAAAUGCAUCUGGUGGAACUCAGACUGUGCAUGGCCUACCAGGCAACGGACUCGAUCGGAUUUGCAAUGAGCUCAGGGCCCAGAAUGAUAGAGACCACGCUGGUUGGGAUCAACUUGUGGUCCAGCGCAACGGUGUUAAUCUUCGCGCUCUGUCUCCAAACAUGGGGAAGAUUUUGAACAACUCUCUGUUCAACAAUUAUUAUGAAGACUACGUCAACCAAGUCUGGGGAUAUUAUGAUAACAAUACCAGCAAUCUCUUGACUGUCAACACCCAAGCCGCAGCCGGUGAUGUCACUGCCAAAUGUUCCUGGGGUGUGAUGUACUUCUCAGUUCCAGGAAUCUCGUACGCCAAGCCAUCCACUGCCGACAUUUUCAGCAAUAGUUCUGGGCCCUUCGCUGCUACUGGAAACAGUACAAAAGACGCCAUCACUGCUCGCCUCGCUGCUGCAUUCAAUCGUUCGACUUUACUGCUGAAUGAGAGCCAGCCUAAUGGAGAAACCGUCUCUCAAUACUAUAAUGCCUGGCCCACAAACCAUUACUCGCGCAUCUGUCAUUCAGUGAGUGUUGACAAACGAGGAUAUGCAUUCCCCUAUGAUGACGUGGCACCAAAUGGUGGUCCGGAUCAGUCUGGAAGUGUUUACGACGGCAAUCCGCGUCUCCUGACUGUCACCGUCGGUGGCACUUACUAG